AUGCCCGAGGCUACAGGUUUAGGUCAGCGCAAAACAGAGCGCAAACCUUUCCCCAAGGAACCGCAAUUGUUUAUGAUAAUCGAUGCAGCCCCUCCAAGCCAUGAGAGUGCGGAGUUAGGGAACCUGCCUAUUGGAAAUCUCGGAGGAGGGGGCACUGAGGUUCCCACCCCCGCAGGAGCUCCCCCAGUCCCUGUCUCUAACCCACUAGUGAGAUCUCACCCCCACCCUCGACCCGGGACAAUUUCCGCUCACCUCAAGCCACGGGCCAGUUCCCCCCAGUCUCCCACACUUGCUAAAGUCAAGAUGGGGAGGCUAGGGCGGCCCCCUCCCACCCCCGCCCGUGCCGCGUGCGCCCCAGCUGGGUCGGGUUGGGGCCGCGGUGUGAAUGGAACGGCCGACACUCCUUGGCUCCUCCUCCUCCUCCGCCACCACCGCCGGCCCCUCUUAUUUGAGCUUUGGGAAGCGGAGGGCAGCCAGGCAGCCGGGGUAAGGAGUUCAGGGCAGGGCCCACACCCGGGGUCCUCGCCACCCGACCGCCUGCCUGUCGGCUCCCCCCUUUCCCUUCCCGCCCACCCUCCCACUCAUUCCCCCACGCACUCACCCAGAGCCCGGACAGCAGCCGGGGCGCCGGGGGGCCCCAGCUGCCUCCUCGCCGCGAUCCUGGACUUCUUCCUGCCGCUGGAGCCCGCUGCUCCCACGUGUGUCCCGGAGCCGGCGUCUUCGCCGACGUGCCGCUCCGGGCCUGGCUGCUUCCCGCAGCCAGAGCAGCAGCAGCCAGAGCAGCAGCAGCAGCCGGGGCUCCGCGGCCCUUCGGGGAGCAUCUGGGCCAAGUUGGGUGCGAUCGAGCCGAGCGUCGAGCGUCUGCCGGGCCGGAGGAGCCGAGGGCCGUCGGUGGCUGAGUCGCAGCAGAUGGGCUCCGACGUGCGGGAUCUGAACGCGCUGCUGCCCCCGGUCCCCACGCUGGGAGGCGGCGGCGGCUGCGCCCUGCCGGUGAGCGGCGCUGCGCAAUGGGCACCGGUGCUAGACUUCGCGCCCCCCGGGGCUUCGGCUUACGGUUCUCUGGGCGCCCCUGCGCCCCCGCCGGCCCCGCCGCCGCCUCCUCCUCCGCCGCCGCCGCCUCACUCCUUCAUCAAACAGGAGCCGAGCUGGGGCGGCGCGGAGCCCCAUGAGGAGCAGUGCUUGAGCGCCUUCACCGUCCACUUCUCGGGCCAGUUCACUGGCACAGCUGGAGCUUGUCGCUACGGACCUUUCGGUCCUCCUCCGCCCAGCCAGGCGCCCUCCGGCCAGGCCAGGAUGUUCCCCAACGCGCCCUAUCUGCCCAGCUGCUUGGAGAGCCAGCCCGCUAUCCGCAACCAAGGAUACAGCACGGUCACCUUCGACGGGACGCCCAGCUACGGCCACACGCCCUCGCACCAUGCACCACAGUUCCCCAACCAUUCCUUCAAGCAUGAGGACCCCAUGGGCCAGCAGGGCUCGCUGGGUGAGCAGCAGUAUUCGGUGCCACCCCCGGUUUAUGGAUGCCACACGCCCACCGACAGCUGCACCAGCAGCCAGGCCCUGCUGCUGCGGACGCCCUACAGCAGUGACAAUUUAUACCAAAUGACUUCCCAGCUUGAAUGCAUGACCUGGAAUCAGAUGAAUUUAGGAGCCACGUUAAAAGGAGUUGCUGCUGGGAGCGCCAGCUCAAUGAAAUGGACAGAAGGGCAGAGCAACCACAGCACGGGGUAUGAGAAUGACAACCACACGACACCCAUCCUCUGUGGUGCCCAGUAUAGAAUACACACACAUGGUGUCUUCAGAGGUAUCCAGGAUGUUCGACGUGUUCCUGGAGUAACCCCAACUCUCGUCCGGUCAUCCUCUGAAACCAGUGAGAAACGCCCCUUCAUGUGUGCUUACCCAGGCUGCAAUAAGAGAUAUUUCAAGCUAUCCCAUUUACAGAUGCAUAGCCGGAAGCAUACUGGUGAGAAACCAUACCAGUGUGACUUCAAGGAUUGUGAACGAAGGUUUUCUCGUUCAGACCAGCUCAAACGACACCAAAGGAGACAUACAGGUGUGAAACCAUUCCAGUGUAAAACUUGUCAGCGAAAGUUUUCCCGGUCCGACCAUCUGAAGACCCACACCAGGACUCAUACAGGUAAAACAAGUGAAAAACCCUUCAGCUGCCGGUGGCCCAGUUGUCAGAAAAAGUUCGCCCGGUCUGACGAGUUGGUUCGCCACCACAACAUGCACCAGAGGAACAUGACCAAACUUCAGUUGGCGUUGUGAGGGCCCAGUGGGCCAUCCCAGCAACCAGAGAACGCAGGAGAAUAGGC